AUGCGCGACGUUCGCAAUCCCUUGCUCUUCGAGUGUGCCUGGGAGGUCGCCAACAAAGUUGGCGGUAUCUACACCGUCAUUAAGACCAAGGUCCCAGUUACCGUUGCAGAAUAUGGUGACCGAUACACUCUCAUCGGCCCUCUGUCUUACAAGUCUGCCCCCAUGGAGGUUGAGCCCCAGGAGCCCAAGGACCCUACAGUCGCAUCUACCCUCCAGGCCAUGCGCGAUCGGGGCAUCAAGUGUCUCUACGGUCGAUGGCUCAUCGAAGGUGCUCCCCAAGUUCUUUUGUUCGAUACUGGCUCCGCAUAUGGUCGCCUCGAUGAGUGGAAGGGCGAUCUUUGGAACCUAGCUGGUAUCCCAUCUCCCCCUGGCGAUCAUGAGACCAACGAGGCGAUCAUCUUUGGAUAUCUCGUCGCGUGGUUCCUCGGCGAGGUCAUACGUAUCGCGCAACCAAAAGCGUCCGUAGUUGCCCACUUCCACGAGUGGCAAGUAGGAGUGACGAUCCCUCUCUGCCGCAAACGUCAUAUCGAUGUCACAACUGUAUUUACCACACAUGCUACUCUGCUCGGCCGCUAUUUAUGCGCCGGCUCGGUUGAUUUCUACAACAACCUGCAAUACUUUGACGUCGAUCAUGAGGCUGGGAAGCGUGGCAUCUAUCACCGAUAUUGUAUAGAACGUGCGGCCGCGCACUGCGCUGAUGUCUUCACCACCGCAAGCACCACCGAACUGUCUCCCAUACUAUCUAAUCUCAUAUUUAUUCCACAGAUGAACAUGCACGCACGGAGCAAGGCCAAGAUUGAUGACUUUGUUCGGGGCCAUUUCUACGGGCACUUCGAUUUUGACGUCGAGAACACACUCUAUAUGUUCACUGCCGGUCGAUACGAGUACCGAAACAAGGGUGUUGACAUGUUCAUCGAAUCACUUGCUCGGCUGAAUUACCGAUUGCAAGAAUCCAAAUCCAAUAUGACGGUCGUCGCUUUCAUUAUCAUGCCUGCUUCCACCCACUCCUAUACCAUUGAAGCGCUCAAGGGACAGGCCGUAACGAAGCAGCUACGAGACACAAUUACGGAGAUUCAAAAUAGGAUCGGAAACCGUCUCUUUGAACAUGCCGCGCGCUAUCACGGUGAGGAGCUGCCUAAAUUCGAGGAUUUAUUAUCGGACCAGGACAAGGUUGCAUUGAAGCGGCGCAUGUUCGCUUUGAAGCGCAACUCGCUUCCGCCGGUCGUAACCCACAACAUGUCAGAUGAUGGAGCAGACCCCAUUUUGAUGCACAUUCGCCGGUGCCAACUGUUCAAUCGUUCAAGCGAUCGGGUCAAGAUUGUUUUCCAUCCCGACUUUUUGAACUCGAACAACCCCAUCCUUGGUCUAGACUACGAAGAGUUUGUGCGCGGCUGCCAUAUGGGAGUCUUCCCCAGUUACUACGAGCCAUGGGGCUACACGCCCGCUGAAUGCACGGUGAUGGGCAUUCCUUCUAUCACUACUAAUUUGUCUGGGUUUGGAUCCUUCAUGCAAGACUUAAUCGAGAAGCCCGAGGACGAGGGUAUCUACAUCGUGGAUCGACGCAUGCAAUCCAUCGAAGACUCUGUGCAGCAACUCAGCGAGCAGAUGUUGGUCUUUUGCAACAAGACCCGCCGACAACGGAUCAACCAACGCAACCGUGUAGAACGUUUGUCUCCUCUUCUCGACUGGAAGAACCUUGGCGUCGAAUACUCCAAGGCUCGACAACUUGCCUUGCGUCGUGCUUAUCCUGAUGCCUUCGGUGAUGAGGAUGACGUUGAUGACUUUGCGGGUGGCACCAACAAGAUGCCGUUCUCCGUACCAGGAAGCCCACGCUUCCGCCAUGGAGCAAUGACCCCUGGAGAUAUUGGCACUCUCACCGAAGAGAUGCAAGGUCUCCAUACUAGCGAUUACAAGGGUCAAGUAUGGCCUGGCAUGCGGCCGGAAGACGAAGAGGACAGCUACCCCUUCCCCUUGGUCCUCAAGGUCCGCAGCCGUGCUGGCUCUGUCAUGUCGGGUGCAAGCACUCCAGGUGGAGGCAUGAGCCGUACGCUCAGCGAGGGCGAUCUCCAGCGCGCCGACGAGGCGUUGAGUCACCACCGCCCCAACGGCCACUAA